AAACAAAACAAAACAAUACAAAAACAAAAAACCUUUGCAACUUAAACCUGUUUCCAGCUUUUGAAGUUAUUCUCACAAUGGCGGACUCGCAGCUGAAACAAUGCCAAUGGAACAUACGUAGCAGUCAAUACCUUGGAGAAAUCUCAGCCCUUUGUUUUCUCCACCUUCCCUCUCAUCUCUCUUCUUUCCCUUUUCUCCUUUCCGGUACUGGUUCUCAAGUUCUUCUUUAUGAUCUAGAAUCAUCAAUGAUGAUAAAAUCUUUUCAAAUCUUUGAAGGCAUUCGCGUACAUGGACUCAUUUGUAGCUUGCUUGAUAAUACUACUUUAGCUUGUAAAGUAGUUGUUUGUGGUGAAAAGAGAGUAAAGUCAUUUAAUUUAACCUUUGAAUUGGUGUCUAAAUCAAAUACCCAGAGUGAGUUUUGCGUCGACUUGUGUUUAAUUCACUCUUUGCCCAGAUUUACUCAUUGGGUUCUUGAUGUUUUGUUCUUAAAGGACCAUUGUCUUGCUAUUGGAUGUAGUGACAACUCUGUUCAUGUUUGGGAUAUGUUAAAGUCCAGUUUGGUUCUUCAAGUUCCAUCUCCAGAUAGGUGCCUUUUGUAUUCCAUGCGAUUAUGGGGUGACAAUCUUGAGGCUCUUCGAAUUGCUUCUGGUACAAUUUAUAAUGAGAUUAUAGUCUGGAAAGUCAUUUGUCAACAUGAUUCACCAACUUCAACAAGUUCUGUGAAAGGUUGCAUGAAUUUAAGCAGCUCAAAUUCCAACUUUGCCAAGUGUUAUAAGCAGCAGUAUAAAGCUGUUCAUAUAUGUAGACUUGUGGGACAUGAAGGUUCAAUAUUUCGCAUUGUCUGGUCUUCCAAUGGAGUCAAACUUGUUUCUGUGUCAGAUGAUCGGAGUGCUCGUAUCUGGACAAUACAUGAUCAUGAUGAUAGAAGGGAGAUUGUUGGUCCUGUGCUCUUUGGCCAUAGUGCUCGGAUUUGGGACUGCUGUAUUUCUGAUCAUUUAAUUGUUACUGCUGGUGAGGACUGCACAUGUCGUGUGUGGGGUCUGGAUGGAAAGCAGCUUAGGAUGAUUAAGGAACAUAUAGGAAGAGGCAUUUGGCGAUGUUUAUAUGAUCCAAAUUCUUCACUUCUUGUUACUGCUGGGUUUGACUCUGCUAUUAAAGUUCACCGGUUGCACACUUCUGUUUGUAAGACAUUGGACUUGGAAGGAGAUGCUGAUUCUGAAGAUAUAAUUGAGGGAGCACAGAUAAGCACUACUUGCAUCCCAAAUUCAAUGGAGCAUGCUGGACUCAUGGACAGCAAAAGUGAAUAUGUGCGCUCCUUGUAUUUUAAAUGUGAAGAUACCAUUUAUGUUGCUACGAAUCAUGGUUAUCUCUAUCAUGCUCUAUUAUCUGAGACAGGGGAUGUCAAAUGGACUGAACUGGUCCGUGUCAAUGGAGAGGUUCCAAUUGUUUGUAUGGAUCUGUUGUCAGCAAGCCUUUCCAGAAAUCAUUGCGGUAUAGAAGAUUGGGUUGCUGUUGGAGAUGGUAAAGGAAACAUGACUGUUGUUGGAAUCACUGGUAAUCCUUCCUCACCCAAAGUGGCCUUCACCUUUGCUUGGCCAGCUGGAGCGGAGAGGCAACUCUUAGGAACUUACUGGUGUAAGUCACUCGGAUGUAGGUAUGUCUUCACCACUGAUCCCAGAGGAGUUUUAAAGCUGUGGUGGCUAUAUGACCCCUCGAUAUCUGUUUAUCAGGAUUCUCAAAGAAUGUCCCUUAUAGCUGAAUUCCCUUCGAGCUUUGGAAUACGAAUUAUGUGUUUGGAUGCCUCAUUUGAGGAAGAGGUACUAGUCUGUGGAGAUCUGCGUGGUAAUCUGAUUCUGUUCCCUUUAUUAAAAGACCUGUUGCUAUGCACGGCUGCCACUUCGGGUGUGAAGAUAUCUCCACUAAGUUAUUUCAAAGGAGCUCAUGGGAUUUCGACCGUGUCCAACAUUUCAGUUUCUAGAUUGAGUCACGGUCAAGUUGAAAUCCGAACGACUGGAGCAGAUGGGUGCAUAUGUUAUUUAGAAUACGAUAAGGACCAAGAAAGUUUUGAAUUUAUAGGAAUGAAACAAUUGAAAGAAUUGAGUUUGAUUGAAUCUGUCUCCGCUGAUUUCAAGUCUGCUGAUGAUCUGGCAAACCGCAACUAUGCUGCUGGUUUUGCGUCAACGGAUUUCAUAAUAUGGAAUUUGAUAACUGAGGCAAAGGUUUUGCAAAUUCCAUGUGGAGGAUGGCGACGUCCUCAUUCCUAUUACCUUGGUGAUGUACCGGAGAUGAGGAACUGUUUUGCAUACGUCAAGGAUGAAAUUAUCUAUAUUCAUAGGCAUUGGUUACCAGGAGGCGGGAAAACAAACUUCCCUCGGAAUUUACACUUACAGUUUCAUGGGAGAGAGAUGCAUUCCUUAUGCUUUGUUUCUGAAAAUUUACAAGUUCAAGGAAAUGAAGAGGAAAACUUAGUUGACAAAUCUAGUUGGAUUGCAACUGGAUGUGAAGAUGGAACUGUGAGGUUAACUAGGUUUGCUCCAGAAAUGGAGAAUUGGUCUGCAUCUAAAUUGCUUGGGGAACAUGUUGGUGGAUCUGCUGUUAGAUCAAUAUGCUUUGUGUCAAAGACACAAAUAAUUCCUUCCGUUGUAUCCAGCACGCCUGGCUUGGAAAAGGGACAAAAUGACACUUCAGAUGGCAAACAAAAUCCAUGUUUGCUGGUUUCCGUUGGUGCAAAGCGUGUUCUGACAACUUGGUUACUAAAGAAUAGGAGUCUGGACGAGGAGGAAGAAAUAUACCCUGAACAAAAGCUCAACAGAUGUGAAACCAGGUGUAAACCAACAGUCAAACAGUGUUCAUCGAUGUCAUUUAGGUGGCUUUCAACAAAUAUGCCAAUAAGAAGUCCUAGCAUGGAAGGAAGAGAAAAAACCGUGAGUGCUGCCAACAAAAUUUCUAGCCUUGAUAGUGAUGCAAAGACUGGAUCAACUUUUAUAGAGAAAGAGGGAACAAAGUCAAAAACUUGCUUGGUGAAUAAGUAUGAAGAUGAUUGGAGAUACCUUGCUGUAACUGCUUUUCUUGUUAAAUGUGCCGGUUCCAGGUUGACUGUCUGUUUUGUUGUCGUUGCUUGUUCAGAUGCCACGUUAACAUUGCAGGCUCUGGUCUUACCACAUAGAUUAUGGUUUGAUGUUGCUAUAUUAGCUUUGAUGCCAUCCCCGGUUUUAGCAUUGCAGCAUGCAGUUGUCCCUUUCUGUAAUUUAACCCAGACUAGCAGCAUGUACCUUGUGAUAAGUGGAGCUACUGAUGGCAGCAUUGCCUUUUGGGACAUAACUGAGAGUGUUGAAACCUUUGUUCAACGAGUAUCUAGUCUUAAUAUAGAGAAGUUCAUUGAUUGCCAGAAACGGCCACGUACAGGAAGAGGAAGUCAAGGAGGACGGCAAUGGAGAUCACUGAACAGUAGCAUGCCUAAGAGAAGAUUUGGUGUUGACUUGGUAACUAGAAAAGCUGGAGAUGUGGAUGAUAGCGAUUCAAAUAUUACACCUGACACAUCUUCGGAAUUAAAUGACCUUCAAAAGAGGUCGAAGAACUGUUCUCAAGCCGAGCAUGACACUUUGCUCGAGCCAGAGACCAGCAGAACCGAUUCCUUAACCAAGAUAUGUGAAAUACAGCCUAUACGUGUUAUGAAUAAUGUACACCAGUCUGGUGUGAAUUGUCUCCACGUUUCAGGGGACUUCCAAGGUUCCGGCAACUGUUAUCUGUUAAAUAUUGUCAGCGGGGGUGAUGACCAAGCAGUUCAUUGUCUUCAACUGAAGCUGACACUGUCAUCGACUGAGUUAGAUGCUAAAGUUGUGACCUCAGAAACAAUAAGAUCAACCAUUCAGUCCGAAAGUACUGAGAACAUUGUAGAUUGUAACAAUAAGAACCAGGCCCCGAAUCACAUUAGAUUCCUCAAUCAGUAUAGAAUCCCCUCGGCUCAUAGUUCUGCUAUAAAAGGCAUUUGGACAGAUGGGACCUGGGUGUUUUCCACCGGUCUUGAUCAGCGCAUCAGGUGUUGGCUUGUUGGUGAGCACGGUGAACUAACCGAGCACGCUCUUCUAAUCAUUAGCGUACCAGAGCCAGAAGCAUUAGAUGCAAGAGCAUGCGGCAGGAACCACUAUCAGAUUGCUGUUUCCGGAAGAGGGAUGCAGAUGGUCGAGUUCUUCCUACCUUAACAAUAAAAAGAUUUCACAGAAGCCGCAACAUAUAGGAUAUAGGUACCACCUUGUUGUGCAACUAUUUUUGUGCCAGUUCCACACUCAUUUAACAGUUUACAUAUAGCUGUCUAACCCAGCUUAGUCAACCAUUUUCCCUCAAGUACCGGUUGACCUGUGAAUCCAAAGAGGGCGGUCUGACUUACCAUGUUUUCUACUUCCGUUUACGAGCAAAGCGCCUUUAGACUUGGCUCAUUUAACCCUAACCAGGACGGAUCAAGGGUUACAUUACAUUACAUUACAUCUUACAGUACUAAUAUGUAAAAUUCAAUGAAAAUAUGAGUGUCAUUACUUUGAUUCUAGUUUCAAUCAGUACAAUCUAUUUUGUAUUUUUUUUCAACUGGUUGAGAUUUUUAGCUGCCUAAUAAACCUCGAGUUGGUUCAUGUUUAGUUGUGUCAAAGUCAAAGGGUGCCUAUAUGGACAAAGUAUUAGCUCAGUUAACAUAAUUGGCAAAGGUGGAAGUCUUGGAUUUUGAGUACCCACGGUUGAGAUCCACCGUGCAUAAUUAUGUGUCAAUUAUAUAUAUACGGGUUUUCAAGUCUUACCUUAUGCUGUUGUAAUAUGUGAGCUUUAGUUUGGUUAGUUAAUCUUUGUACGGAUUGUUUCGUUUCUUAAUUUGUUUAUAUUGUAAUUAUUUGAUUAUAUACUUUGUUAUAGGGGUGAGUAUUUGAUUAAAUUGAGCGAAAGAAUUUUGAGUCACGAGUUUUAUUUUAUCAUACUAAUUCAGUUUGAAAUUUUUUUGAA